GUAAUUCAUUCAGUCAUUCACUCAGUCAUCAAUUUCCAUUCAUUCAUUCAGUUCCAAACAAUUCUUGGAUGAUUACCAUUACGGCACUUCACGACAAGCAUCAAGUCCCAAUAUCCAUCGACGGCGCGGCGACGCUGGCUGAUCUGCAGCGCGCAGCCGAGGUCGCUGUUCAAGUCCCCGUGCAUGCUCAGCGUUGGAUGUUCAAAGGCCGAACGCUCAAAGAUCCGUCCGAAACCCUCGAAGCGUGCGGAAUAGUCGACGGUGUCCGAAUCAUGCUGAUUGGCCGGAAGGCCACCGAGGAAGAGGCGGCGCUCAGCGCUCAGGUCACAGCCGUUACCGCAACCAUACAAAAGUCUGCUGCUGUGGUGCGCGAGCUCGAUCUAUCCUUGCGGCAACUGAAGCAAGGCUUUCUUGAUGCUGCCAAGGUCGCAGAAGAUCGAGAGCGAAUCCAAAAGGCUGCGUCCAAGCACGCCGAAGAGAUUACUCAAGCAUUGAUCAAGCUGGAUGCCAUGUCUUUUAACGGCCUGACAGAGCGCCAAGAGGAUCAGCUCCGUCUCCAGCGCAAACAAGCCAUCAGUCUGGCCCACCAGACUGGCGAUCAAGCGGACAGCAUUCUGAAAGAGCUCAAGCAACUUGCCCACUGAUUCAAUGUCUUUUUGAAUUGUAACGUUGCUACAUUUCUCAUCAUCCUCAUCAUCAUCAUCACCACCAC